CUUAAGUGGGUAGAAUGGGGACCGGUGGAACCCAAAGAGCCAAUCAAUGCUCGGGAGAGGAGGGCAGCUCCCACUUGUCAUGGUUAGUUUCCUGGUUGGCUCUUUAAAUCAGUGGUUUUACUUAACCAUUGAUUUCCACCAGGUAUGGGGAUCCAGCUGUGAGAGGCAGACGAACGCGAAGAAAACUCUUUGAAAAUGGGCUUUUAGAAGUCUCUGAGUGGAGUUAUUUUCUGGUGCAGUGAAAAUUCUGGACAAUUGUGGAAAUAUUAGCUCAAAUCCCAACUUAGUAUCGCAUUUCUUCCCUUCAGUAACACCUCAUAAUAGAAGAAAAAUGUAUGGAAGUGCAAGAACAAUCACCAAUCUGGAAGGUAGCCCUUCCAGAUCCCCUCGUUUGCCAAGGUCUCCUCGUUUGGGCCACCGAAGAACAAGCAGUGGGGGAGGUGGAGGAACAGGCAAGACUCUGUCUAUGGAGAAUAUCCAGUCCCUCAAUGCAGCCUAUGCUACGUCUGGACCCAUGUAUCUGAGUGAUCAUGAAGGGGUGGCUUCAACAACUUACCCAAAGGGCACCAUGACUCUGGGAAGGGCUACAAAUCGAGCUGUAUAUGGAGGCCGUGUCACAGCCAUGGGGAGUAGUCCCAAUAUUGCUUCUGCUGGACUUUCCCACACAGAUGUCCUUUCAUACACAGAUCAACAUGGUGGUCUGACUGGCUCAUCCCAUCAUCAUCACCACCAGGUCCCCUCCAUGUUGAGGCAGGUAAGAGACAGCACAAUGUUAGAUCUUCAGGCCCAGCUGAAGGAACUGCAGAGAGAGAAUGACCUCCUCCGGAAAGAGCUCGACAUCAAGGACAGCAAGUUGGGAUCUUCCAUGAACAGUAUUAAGACCUUCUGGAGCCCUGAGCUUAAGAAGGAGAGAGUCUUGAGGAAAGAAGAGGCAGCGCGGAUGUCUGUCCUCAAGGAGCAGAUGAGGGUUUCCCAUGAAGAAAAUCAGUUACUGGAUGCCAGAAGAACCAAGCACCUACAGUUGACAAUCCAGGCCCUUCAAGAUGAGCUGCGAACCCAGAGAGACCUCAACCACCUCCUUCAGCAAGAGAGUGGCAACCGAGGAGCAGAGCACUUCACCAUCGAGCUGACUGAGGAGAACUUCAGGCGGCUCCAAGCCGAACAUGACAGGCAGGCUAAGGAGCUGUUCCUUUUGAGAAAGACAUUAGAGGAAAUGGAGCUGAGAAUUGAAACACAGAAACAAACCCUCAAUGCCCGAGAUGAGUCGAUUAAAAAACUUCUUGAGAUGUUGCAAAGUAAAGGCUUGCCGUCCAAAAGCCUGGAGGAUGACAAUGAGCGAACGCGGCGGAUGGCAGAGGCUGAGUCUCAGGUCAGCCACUUGGAAGUGAUUUUAGACCAGAAAGAGAAGGAAAACAUACAUCUUAGGGAGGAAUUGCACCGAAGAAGCCAACUUCAGCCAGAGCCAGCCAAGACGAAGGCUCUCCAGACUGUCAUUGAAAUGAAGGACACAAAAAUCGCUUCAUUGGAGCGAAACAUAAGGGAUCUUGAGGAUGAGAUCCAGAUGUUAAAAGCCAAUGGUGUGCUGAACACUGAGGACCGUGAAGAAGAGAUCAAACAAAUUGAGGUUUACAAAAGUCACUCCAAGUUUAUGAAGACCAAGAUUGAUCAACUGAAGCAGGAACUUUCAAAGAAGGAGUCGGAACUUCUUGCCUUACAAACAAAGCUUGAAACUCUUAGCAAUCAAAAUUCAGAUUGCAAGCAACACAUUGAAGUGCUCAAAGAGUCACUUACUGCCAAAGAACAGAGGGCUGCCAUCCUUCAGACUGAGGUAGAUGCACUGAGAUUACGACUGGAAGAAAAAGAAUCUUUCCUCAAUAAAAAAACAAAACAGCUGCAGGACCUCACAGAAGAGAAGGGGACACUGGCCGGUGAGAUUCGUGACAUGAAAGAUAUGUUAGAAGUGAAGGAAAGAAAAAUUAAUGUUCUUCAGAAAAAGAUUGAAAACUUGCAAGAACAACUUAGGGAUAAAGACAAGCAACUGACCAACCUGAAAGACAGAGUGAAGUCCUUGCAAACAGAUUCCAGUAAUACAGACACUGCACUGGCAACGCUAGAGGAAGCUCUGUCAGAGAAGGAGAGAAUAAUUGAGCGCUUGAAAGAACAGCGGGAAAGAGAUGAUCGGGAAAGACUAGAAGAAAUAGAAUCCUUCCGAAAAGAGAACAAAGACCUGAAAGAGAAGGUUAAUGCUUUACAAGCUGAACUGACUGAAAAAGAGUCUAGUUUAAUUGACCUCAAAGAACAUGCAUCUUCAUUAGCCUCUGCAGGACUGAAAAGGGAUUCCAAAUUAAAAUCUCUAGAAAUAGCCAUUGAACAAAAGAAAGAGGAAUGUAGCAAAUUGGAAGCACAGUUAAAAAAGCAAGCUGAGCAGUUGUUCAAUCAGAUGUACAACCCAAAGUCAAUUAGGAAUAAUGGGAAACAAGGGGCACAUAAUAUUGAAGAUGACUCCAGGAUGAACCCUGAGUUCGCAGACCGAAUAAAACAGCUCGAUAAAGAGGCGUCUUACUACCGUGAUGAGUGUGGCAAGGCCCAAGCGGAAGUGGACCGGUUGCUGGAGAUCCUAAAGGAGGUGGAGAAUGAGAAGAAUGACAAGGACAAGAAGAUUGCAGAACUGGAGAGCUUGACUCUCAGGCAUAUGAAAGAUCAGAAUAAGAAGGUGGCCAACCUCAAGCACAAUCAACAGUUGGAAAAGAAGAAGAAUGCUCAGUUAUUAGAAGAAGUCCGCAGGCGAGAAGAUAGCAUGGCUGACAACUCACAGCAUUUGCAGAUAGAGGAACUGAUGAAUGCACUGGAGAAGACCAGACAGGAGCUGGAUGCCACCAAAGCACGCCUCGCCUCCACACAGCAGUCCCUGGCUGAAAAAGAAGCGCACUUGGCCAACCUCCGUAUUGAGAGGAGGAAACAGCUGGAGGAGAUCCUGGAGAUGAAACAGGAAGCACUACUUGCAGCCAUCAGUGAAAAAGAUGCAAACAUUGCUCUGCUGGAAUUGUCUGCCUCCAAAAAGAAAAAGACACAGGAAGAAGUCAUGGCCCUCAAGCGGGAAAAAGACCGACUAGUGCAUCAAUUAAAGCAGCAGGUGGGGCCUCCUGCAAGAAAGACCCAGAACAGAAUGAAGUUGAUGGCAGACAACUACGAUGAGGACCAUCACCAUUACCACCACCACCACCAUCACCACCACCAUCGAUCUCCUGGGAGGUCGCAACAUUCCAAUCACAGGCCCUCUCCGGACCAGGAUGACGAGGAGGGCAUCUGGGCAUAGCCGGGCCUGUAAACCAAAGUUCCAGUUUUGUUUUGAGGGAUAUGCCAGUGUGGUGUGACUCUCACGUCCUUCUGGUUGUGUCAAAUGUUUGGCAAGGAAUAAGGAAAAUAAAACUAUCUAUCUUCAUGGAGCUGAAACUAUCAACUCUAAGAAGCCUGUUUAAUGGAUUGUGCCAUCUCUUCUAUGGCAAUUCUGAAGAAAACACAGGAUCAAGGCAUAGUAAUGGUGAAUGGGUAACUGUAACUCUUUAAAUGAAUUAGAAUAGAAAUAUUCUUAUUAGCAGGUCUUGUUAGUGACAUUUUGUCUGUUGCUUUUCAAAAAUUAUACCUCUGUGGGGCUUUGCACACAUUGUAUUUAUCAGAGGGUUUUGUACGUUUAAAAGCUGAUCUUAAGAGCUCACCCGUUAUUUACAUCCUGUCUGCAUUACAAUUGAAUAGUGACACAUGUAAUUACCACAUGGUUAUAAAUGGAACGUUGAAGUCUAGCAACUUUUGCUGCUGGGAAUUGCACCUCUCCUGUGUACUGCAGUCUGUUUAACACCAAGUCACAAGCUCCCUGGAGUUGAAUAUACAUAUGGUUACAUAGAAUAUAGUAUUAAACCUGACAACAUUACAAAUGACACUUUAUUCUGAACAAGGAAUGUAGUAGAUCGUGUGCCAUAGUGAAUUUUUCUGAUCAGAAAGUAUUCAAUGUAUAGUUCUUUAUUCUGGGACAAGCAUGAAAUGUCACAGUGCUGGAGAAUCAACAGGUGUGGGACAAUUCUUUGGGAUAACUUAGCCUGUGUGUUUCUCCCCCGAGUCUUGCCUUCUUCGCAUAGCAUGGCAAGUGGUGCUUCAGGUGAAGUUUUACCUAGAACUGGAAGUUUUGCCUGUGGGUGAGUUUCAUUGUUGUACUAUACUUCUUAGUUGAACCUGUUAUUGGUUCCACUAAUGGGUCAGUUUGCUUUUUUUUUGGUACUGAGAGGGACGUUCACAGGAUGGUUGUUUUCAGGUACAACAUAGUAAAGAUGUAAUGCCUCCUGGAUCCAUUUGCUGCCAGUAAAACCUGCUUCAUGUUAAUACAGGAGUAUCUCAUCUCUUCUCCAUUGUCUUGGUAAAGGGGAAAACAGCACUGGAACGAACACUUCCAGAUGCAAAAUCAUUCCAUAGGAAAGCUUGUUAGUAUAAGGACGUGGGGAAAUCAGAGAAGUUCUGGAUGUUCUAUGGGAGCAAUUCUUUAUCUAGGGAAAACAUUAAGAGAAAUGUCAUAUUUACUCACACAGAAAAGCUAAUAAAAGUGGAGAUUGACCUAAAGUAAAAAGAAAUGAGAAAAAAGGGUUUUAUGGCAUUAAAAAGCAAACAUGUGAAGCCUGCCCCAAACCUGCAUAGCGUAGGUAGGUAAAGGAAAGUUCUAAGAGUUUGGGAGUUGUCUUGAAAAGUAGAGCUCCUACUCGGGGCUCUUCUGUGAAGCUACUUCUGCCAUCAUGAGUAUCGGGGUGCUAGGCUGCACUUGCGUGUCCUCUGGAAUAAUGAAGAUUUUUUUUGUCCUUCCACAAGAUUCACGACACCCUGAGAUAUGAACAGUGUUGUUAUCCUCACGAUGGAAUUGGCUCCAAGACCGAUAGAAAAUCUUGCCUUGCUUAAGGCAAAUGCAGACAAUUGUGUUAAGCCCUAUUUAUCCCCUUUAUUUCCCCAAACACCAUACACCCCAGAAAAUAAAUGUUUUUUAGAAAUUUAGUCAAUAUAUAAUCCUUCUUUAGUAUGCUGUAAUAAAUUUCAUAUGCUUCAGAGGAAAACUACUUAUCUUUCUUUAUGACUCCUUUAAACAAGUUUGCUUAGAUAUCCUCAGGCUUUUAAAACCAUAUCUUUAAGGAUUUAAAUAAUGAGAUACUGGGGGAACCUUCUGUUUUUGAGCAGCUGUUGCAUGUUUUGAGUUGCAUUACAAUCCAUGAGGGCUUAGGAGACAUUAAAUUUAUAACUAAGGAUGGAUAAUAAUGGCACAUUAAAAAUUAACUGUUUUGAAUGUUUUGAUUUAUGGCCCCUAUAAAAGAAACAUUACAAGAUGUUAUUUUACUAGGCAUCAGUAAUAUGCUCAUAAUAGCAUCAGAAGGCUCUGAGUUGAAUCUGGAGUUCUGGUGCUGAAAUGAAUCAUAAUUUAGAAAAAAUCUCUCUAAAAAUUACAACAAAUUUGAAUUAGCAUAACAACCCCAUCAGCUCCUCCCUUUUUUGCCACUUCUGGAGACGAAGUCCUGACAUGAUUUAUUUGUCUCACUAUGAUCAUUCAAGAGUGAUAUUUUCCAAGCACACAGUGGACCAGGGAAAGUUUACUUUACGAAAGAGUUUAGACAGUCCCUAGAGCCAGCCUUUCUCCUCUUAAACCUCACACCCAGACCUGGUUUUAUCAGCGUGUGGCUUGUGUAGUCCACAGCCCUGAGAAGGGCUACACUGAGAAGGGCUCCACUCUUAGGUUAAAACUCUGCUGUCACCGUCUUGAAAUUUUCAUGUUCGUUUGCCCUGAGUGCCACUAAUUAUGUAGUCUGUGCUGCUUGCACCCACCAUAUAUUCCUAUAUUCUGCUUCCAAAUUCUCUCUAUACUCCCCCUCCCUGUUGGAUCAUCCACACUCUUGUUUUCUUAUGUCUAAGAUUUACCUGUGACCAGCAUCAUUGUUCUGGGUUUCUUCUAGAGACUCCAUGGGAUCACAUUUCCAGCAAGCUGUUGCCCUCAUAGGCAUCUCUGGCAAUGCAUAUUCGACCACACCUCUCACCACCAAACCCCCAAGCCCCACGUGCACAUAUACUUUCAAUUGUGAAAAUGUGCUCUUGGAGCCCUAACGGUAUUUCCUAUCUAUCUUGCCUUUCAAAAUGUGUGAAAAGCAGCCGCUCAAUUCUCCAUAACUUUCCUUCAAGGAAAUCCACUUGAUGUAGGUAUCAUUUGUAUCAGCAAAUACUUCUUCAUUUGCAUGGAAUGAAGGUACUUUCCUUGGAUGCCCCCACCCCAGCCCCAGAGACAUUUGGGUUUGUAAACAUCAAUGAAGUGGGCAAUGGACGAGCAAAUUGAGGCACCUUGUGAGAUGUGCCGCAUCUGCCUUGACAUUUGAAUGUUUGAGCUUUUACUGUGAACUCUUAUAAUUGAGCAGAGAACACAAGUUUUUUUUUCUUAAACCACUAGAAAGGGAUUAGUCUUUUUUGAUUGAAAACAUAUGCAAAUUUUUAGGACCCAAUUCAUAAAAAUACAGAUGUGGCAUUAACACGUUUUGGCAUGGGGCUGUGAUGCUAGUAGAUGCAGUCUGUUCAAAAUGAAGAAUUGUAGCUGCAUGCCACCAGCACAUGGACAAUGUUAUGGUGAGUAAAAAUAUGAAUCCCGAACAUUUAGACAUGAGAAAGGGAUGUUUUACAAAUAGAAGCAGUGCUGGAAGGCCCAGUGGAACCCCCUGCCAUGCCUCCCCUCUGGAAGAACGAAAGAAAGAUGCAGGAGAUGUUUUAUUUUGGCUAGGAAGUUCAUGUCUGUCCUGCCUUCUUUUAGCAGACAGGGUCUGGACACUCAGCCUGUGCUUGUCCGGGGACUAGAGAAAUUUAAUUACUGCCAAAAAGAAAAAAAAAAAGUGAAGGAAAGAGCUCUGAGCUCUAUAAAAAGCAGAGGUUUCUAUAUAAAGUGGAGGUUUCUAUGCAAAGUACAGGUUUUCUUUUAUACUUCCUGUACAGGGGCACCUAGUGAUGCUUUUAAUGCAAUUCAGAGUUUGUAUAAGUGAGGAUCUGAUAUAUCUCUUUCUUGUGCCAUUGGCUACUAAGACCUUCAUUUAUUCAUUUUUUUAUUUAUUAUUCACUCAUUUGUCCAUUCUUUCCCCAAAUGGUUAAGUUCUUGAUUAGAUGUUAGGAAACCAAUGAUGAAUAAGAUUGCCGUGGUUGGCCGGGCAUGGUGGCUCACA